UCACGUUAGCAACAACAUAUUUUUAAGGCAAUGUGGUAUGCCAGCUAGUAGCAAAACGCGUUUAAAACCACGAACUCCCAAGUUAACUUAGCUAGCUAACGUUAGUCUAUAUGGCGACCCCUUUGACAGUACUAGUAACUGUUAGCUAGCUACCUGUAACGUUAGUUAACUUGUCAUGUACUGCGUUAGCUAAACGUCACGGUGGCUUGACUUGGUUUUAUAUUGUUAUAUUAAGUGUAACCCAGUUAAAAUAGAUUUGUAAAACACAAUUAAAAGUAUUAUUGUCUGUUUUUGUAGCUAUGGCCUUCUACAAAAUAGAGCUGUGUCAGAUGCUUUUGCGUUUGCAUCAUUGUUGAAGUUGGUGACUUUAUAAAUUAGUUGAAUGAACCAUUGUCGAUAUCUCUACAGAACAAAAGAUUUCAGCUAUUGUCGUUUAGAUUAUUGUGUGUGUGACUGUGCCCUCCAAACGUUAGUUCAGUCUGGAGGCCAGGCAUCAUCAGUCUUGCCUCUCUACAGCUCUUAACUACACUAUAUUCAACUAAUUCUAAUUGUGGCGGCCAUUCAAGACCAUGACUAUGUGAUUCUUUGAAUCUGGUGUUGGAUUGGGCUGGGUGGAAACAUAAGCCUGCACAUACAGCAGCCCGUCAAUGCCAGAGAUGCCCAGUAACUACAGAUGCGGCUAAAGGAUCCCUUCUCGUUGAAAGUCGUCGGCAUGACUAAGCGAACUAACAAGCCAAGGAAGCCUCGAGAUGAGGAGUCGUCGGACGAAGUUAGCGGGCUGACCUGCCAGCAUGUCAGCAAGGCGGUGGACCUGAGCUCAGUCAAGAAGGCGGUGACCUCGAGUAUGUGGUCGAUGUGUUCAGAUUGCCUGAGGGAAAGGACUAUGAUAGAUGGUGAGCCAGCCAGUGGCCACGACAUCCUCGUAUGCCUCAAGUGCGGCUUCCAGGGCUGUAGCGAGUCAGAGAGCCAGCACUCCACCAAGCAUCACCAAACCCUCCACCCUGAGUCCCACUGCAUCACCGUUAGCCUCGGGACCUGGAAGGCCUGGUGUUUUGAAUGUAACGAAGAGCUCUCCACUCACUGCAAUAAGAAGGCUUUGGCCCAGACCCUGGACUUCCUUCAAAAGCACUCUGUCAAGGCAGCCUCAGGAACCACAUCGAAAAUGAUCAAGCUUAGAGAGGAUCCCAGCGACUAUGCAGACCAGUCCAGAGGGAAGAGUCCGGUCAACAACAGCACACUGGUCCUGGUCAAAGGCAUCAACAACCUCGGAAACACCUGCUUCUUUAACGCAGUUAUGCAGAAUCUGUCCCAGACUCACAUGCUGAACGACCUGAUACAGGAUGUGAAGGAGAAGGGACACAAGCUGAAGAUCUGCCCCCCUGCCGAGUCAAACGUGGGGGCGUUGACGGUGACUCUGCCCAGUCCAGAGCCCCUGACCUCGGCCAUGUUCCUCUUCCUACACAGCGUGAAGGAGUCUGGGAAGGGCCCUGUCAACCCCAAGAUCCUUUUCAACCAGCUUUGCCAGAAGGCUCCACGCUUUAAGGGCUACCAGCAGCAGGACAGCCAGGAGCUGCUCCAUUACCUACUGGACUCCAUGAGAGUAGAGGAGACUAAGAUCAGUCAAGUGAAUGAGCAGAAUGUAUGCUCUCCAACACACCCUGUGACUUGUGAACGGAUCAAGGCGGGCAUUCUGAAAUCCUUCAACAACCCCACAGAGAAGACUGCAGAUGAUGAGACCAAACGCCAAGUCAAAGCAUACGGGAAGGAGGGUGUGACGAUGAACUUUGUGGAUCGCAUCUUUGUGGGGGAGUUGACCAACACCAUCAUGUGUGAGGAGUGUGAGCAUAUCUCCACAGUGAAGGAAGCCUUCAUUGACAUCUCCCUGCCCGUCAUUGAGGAGCGGAUGUGCAAGCCGUCCAACCCGGGCAGGACUGGGAAGAGCUGUCGGGAGCAAGAAGCUCACAUCUCCCACGGUGGCAAGAUGCUUUCCGCAGUGCUCAAUAAGAACAGAAGGAAACUUAGCGGACUGAAGCAGCAGCAGGGCCAGAAGUCCCCUGGCUCUGUGGAGGAGAAGGGGGCAGACAGCCCCUCAGACCACACCGAGGAGGAGUCCCCCUCCGUAAUGGCCCGUGCCGCAGGAGGUUCCAAAAUGGCCGCCACCAGCAGCCUAUCAGAUGGCAGCGAUAAAGACUCAGGCCCUCAGGACAGUAGCAACGACGCCGACAGCGAGGCCUCGGAGAGCGAGUGGACCCCCCGGCAUCCCUCGGGCCACAGCCAUGGUGGCAGAGGGUCCACUCCUACCCAGUCUCCCACCCCGCCUGCCCUCUCCCCCAGGACCCAGCAGGGUGGUGUUGUGGAGCAGCUGGUCAGUGCAGUGCAUAAGAUGAACCUGGGCCCUGAUUCAGGGGACUCACUCUCCACACACUGUCCUGAGGACCAGAGGGAGCCCCAACCUCAACAUCCUCAACAGUCUCCUCACUCCAACCACCAGGGGGCAUUCAAGGCACUGUCCCACAGCUACACGCCCUGCUCCAAGGAGUGCUCCAUUCAGUCCUGCCUUCACCAGUUCACCUCGGUGGAGCUUCUGAUGGGCAACAACAAGCUGUUGUGCGAGAGCUGCACGGACCGCCGGCAGAAACAACUGCGGAAGAGCACCUCAGUAGAGAAGAAGUCUGACAAGGUGUACACCAGCGCUCGCAAACAGAUGCUGAUCUCUUCGCUGCCCCCGGUGGUCACUCUGCACCUGAAACGCUUCCAUCAAGCAGGGAUGAACCUACGAAAAGUCAACCGUCAUGUCAACUUCCCUCUCAUCCUGGACCUGGCGCCGUUCUGCUCGGCAUCCUGCAAGAACCUGGUGGCAGGGGAGCGUGUGCUCUACAGCCUGUAUGGCAUCGUGGAACACAGCGGGUCGAUGCGCGGGGGCCACUACACAGCAUACGUAAAGGUCCGUUGGCCCCAGAGGAGAACCGAGCAGCCACACCGCAGAAACAUGGCAGGUCCAAGGGAAGCAAGCAGUGCCACACAGGGUCAGUGGGUUUAUGUAAGUGACACCAAUGUCCAUGCGGUACCAGAGUCCAGGGUCCUCAACUCUCAAGCCUACCUGCUGUUCUACGAGGAGAUGCUGUGACUGCCAGAGCACGGAGCUGCCCAACAAUCAUUGGUGUCUCAGGAGACAGAGGAAGAGGGGAAAAAGAGAGAGAGAGACCUGCUUUGGGUAUACCUCUCUCUAAACUUUGACUCCCAAGAGCAUGAAACAUGGCACGUACUACAUGAUGGGAUUGGUAGUUCAUCAGGGACAUAAAGUCACUGUGAUGUUUACUGGACUGCUCAGCAUUGAAGGGUCACCACGCUGGUCCACUUACUGAACGUCCCCAUACCAUUGCUCAUACUUCUGUAUGUGAGAGAGAGAGUGAGCGAGAGAGUGGCAGAAUAGUAUGUUUGAUUAAAUGUACCAAAAAAAUGCUGUGUUAUUUAUAUUUUACAGCCUGCUGUGGUGAAUACGAAUUGUAUUUUUUGUAGAACAUGCGAAUGUGUGACUAUCAUUAAAUGGUGAUUGCCAAAAUAGUUUUUGGUAAGAGAAAUUAUAUAAAAUUAUGGGAAACAUAUACAAAAGUACCAAAAGAAUGUGAUCUCAAACUAUUCCUGAAAGGAGAGGUCCAUCAUGUGGCAGGCCUUCCGAGUGUGUUUCAGACCAAUACAUUACUGUGUUGGUCGGCACUGUUUUUUUUACAUUUACAUUUACAUUUAAGUCAUUUAGCAGACGCUCUUAUCCAGAGCGACUUUUUCAAAUCCUAGUUCUAUUAAAUAUGCACACUGGUGCACAAACAAUCUCUAACCACACAGAUACAAACGCAUUGUGACGUUUAACAAAGGGACAUUGCUACAUAUAUGAAUGCCAGCUCGCCGGACAAUAAACGAUUGUUUUCAUUUCAUUUAGUCUUUUUUUCCCCAUUAUGUUCUGCUGUAGUUAAACUAACGUGUGUUGAUCAAUCUUGGGAUUCAAAUGUGUCUCACCAUUUGUUUAAUUGCCAAAUUAUUCUGGUCAAGUGAGGGAUUUCUGUAAGUAAAAAUACAUUUUUUUGUCCCCCCCCUCCCCCAAACAAAUAAAUACUCAGUGCCUACACUCUUGGAUUAUUAUGCUUCGGCAUGUUAAGAACAAAUAAUUAAUUUCAGUAAGGAACUCAGGACACCGUUGGCUCAUGUGAAAUCAUAUAUAUCGAAGAGAAUAGAUCUAAUUUAUGAAAUGAGAAACCAACAAAGCUUGCAUGUUCUUAUUUUGGGUGGAUGUUUGAAUCCUCUCUUUUUUUUGUCCGCCACGGAAAGUACUUGAUAGUGGAUGAGUACGGCUGUUGUUUUUACACUGGAAUCGGUCUCAUCCCUCUUUACUGUGUGAAGACGGUGCUGGCCAUUAGUCAGGGGCUGUCACAGUGAAUCCCAUAGUUGCCAUAUUCACUCUGUCGGUGGCGGCGAUGUGCCGUGACGGGUGCAAAGCAGUGCUGUUUGAGAAACAUGUCGCGAGCUGGUGAAGAGGAGGUGGGUGUGGAAUCAAGAAAAGGGCAACGUCUAAAAGUAUCCCAUCUUCCACCCUCCUGGUCCCGUACACACUGACAUCCCAAUCACGCUGUUAAAACAUUAAAGCAGAGUGUCAAGCCACCCACCAACAACACAGCACGGUUUCUUUUCUUUUUGCAUGUAUUUGGUUUAUUUUAAAAAACAGGGGCUCUUGCUUGGGGACGUUCUCUUGAAGGAUCAGAUAUGAUUUAAAUCUCAGUUAAUGAAAGGGCCUGGUCCUCUUUCCUCUGUCAUGGUGGUCAUGGAAACCAGUGACAAGGGACCGCUGCAGUGUUCAUCUCUUACAACAGUACAGUACAAAGGGACAGUGCUCAGGCUCAGCGUAACAUUUAGUCACUGCCAUGAAAGGCAGAAAUCGAAUUGUGUCCCCUAC